AUGUUCUUCGACGUUGAUGAAGAAGAAUUAGCACCGCAAGAUUUAUUACACGUCGUUAGCCGGGAGCUCUUUGCUUUGUCUUCGAAUUUUGACAGGAAUUACCGCAUAAGGAGUGUUCCAACACAUACAGAAGAUGGUAUACCCAUUAGGAAGAUUUAUGUUUCCAACUUACCUCCAAAAACCACGCGAACAGAACUUUUUGGGAUGUUUGCGCACUAUGGAUUUAUCAAAAGCUGCUGGUUAAGAAUGGGGGAUAGGGGCCCAAACAAGUCUCCAAUGCCUACGUACGCCUUUAUAACAUUCAGUAAUCCUGCUGACGCUCACAAGGCACUGCAAGCUCCAUUCCAUGAAAAACAACUUCGCGGGCGUAGUUUGCGAAUUUCGCCAGCUGAUAGUUGGCAUCAACCGGCUGAAGAUGCUGAUGGUCAGGUGCAAUGGAGGCCAAAUGAUCAGCUGUACAAGAACCUAACUGCGGCACCAACUAGCUAUGAAGGGCGUCGACAAAAUGGUAUAAGUCUGUCUGGUAUGUCUAGUCAAGCAGUGAUAGAAACAAAAGCACAAGGUGUCUGUUCUGUAAAUGGUAUUUUGCAGCCUGUAGAGCAGCAUUCAGAUUGCUAUGAAACUUAUACCAUAUUGGAUAUUCUCAAUAUGGAUUGCAUGCAUCAUAUUUUAUCAUACAUAACUCUAAGAGAUCUUAUACUGUCGGAGAGAGUCAGUAAGAGGUGGCAGAUUACUGUCCAAGAAUAUAUACUGAGUAUUCGUGUUUACAAAACAUCAUGGUGGCAGCAUGUUCCAAUAACCAUGACCACAGCUGUGCUGAGAAGGUUAUUACAAAGAGUGGGCAAUUCUUUAGUACGCCUUCACAUAGAUCAUAACUGGUCAGCUCUUAACGACCGUACAGCUCACACUAUUGGCAAGUAUUGUCCCAACCUUGAAGAAUUAAAGGUUGUCGGUAUGCAUACAAAAAAUUGGAAUCCAUUAAUUUAUGGUUGUAAGAACUUAAAGAAUGUGGGAUUUAUUUCAUGUAAUAAGCUCAACGACUCGAGUCUGAUACACCUUGUGAAAAACGAAACGCCCGUAGAGCAGUUGCUCGUUGCGAAUAACACCCAUGUAACGGGUCUGUUCCUGACCGGCUUGAACAAUAGAAAGCUGACCUCGCUCUCCUUCUACAACUGCUACAGCCUGCAGGGUGCCGUGUUGAGCGCUGCCAUAGACACGCUGCCCACGAUCACAACCCUCCGACUGGACGUCUGCCCCGUCUCCAUAUGGAAGAUCAUCCCGCUGAUAAUGAAAAAGCUACCGAAGCUGGUAGAGCUGUCACUCAGCGAGUACACCUCGCUGAGUAUAUGUCUCACCCGCUUCGAGGUCGAGGACUUCUGCAACAGCCUGUCGGUGAUGAAGAAUCUGAGGGUGAUAAACUUCAGCCGGAACGUCUACAUCAGCAAUGUGGUGUUGAAGCAAAUCGCGCGCACCUGCUCGAAGCUGCAGUCGCUGAAUAUAUCGUGCUGUAACGCAGCGAAAGACGUUGUACCAGCCGGCUUCCCGGGGCACCGCUACGCCAAGGGCGUAUCCGACGAGGGCCUGGCGGCGGUGUUCCGCUCGUGCCCGGGCAUCGCCUACCUGGACGUGUCGUACCUGGCCGGGCUGACGGACGAGGGGCUGGCGCAGGCGGCGCGGCUCGGCUCGCUGGAGGUGCUCACCGCGCGCGGCACGCCCACGCUCUCCUCGCAGCCGUUCGCGCUCUGCCUCGCCUCGUGCCACCGUCUCAGGGAAAUCGACGUGUGCGGUUGCGAUGGGGUGUCCGAGGAGAUAGUGGUGGCGGCUCGACGGGCCGUAGAAGCCCAUCCGAGGAAGCUGUUACUAAUGGUAGCGAAUACCCCGGCGAGCGAACCGCAGGAUUUACCAGAACAUAAGCUGCUAACUGUUAACACCGAAACCGACCUCUGCAAUCCACACUUGCGCCCUGACUUCAUAGAUCAAAUAUUUGAAGACAGCUCCGAUGACUCAUUAGAUGACUUGUACGAUGAUGAUUUGGAUUUCCUAGAUGCAGAUGAUGAUGAUGACGAUUUUUUCGACGAGGAAAUGGAAAACAUCGAGGGCAUAUUUCGACUGGGACUUCAACCAGAUGAUGUGUUGCUUUUG